AUGGCAAAUGAAACAUCUCUAAAGCAACGAAAAACUUCUAAAAAAUCAAACGAGGUCAGUAAACUUUCUGAAGCUGAUUUGGCCGAUUCAAUAAAUUCCUCAAUAAUUGCGAAAAGAGAAGUGGGCGAUGGAGCAGCAGCUGAAAAUGAGGUAGAAUAUGAUAGGAAUACUGAUCACAAAGAUGAAUUACAAAAGCCAAUACAAAGCAUUUAUUUCAGGAUUGAAAUAGAUGUUGUGUUUCUAUUGCUUCUUUUAUUAGCUCUGGCUACAAGACUUUAUAAAUUAGAAGAACCCAAUUACAUUGUAUUUGAUGAAUUACAUUAUGGAAGAUAUGUGACUUUAUACACAAAGGGAAUAUUCUUUUUCGAUGCGCACCCACCUUUAGGGAAGCAAUUGUUAUACUUGGCAGGACAAUGGGCUGGUUAUAAUGGAAAUUUUACCUUUGAUAGAAUAGGAUCACCUUAUACUGAUAGUGUACCUGUGAGAGCCUUGCGUUUCAUUCCCGCUGUCUGCGGGAGUUUACUAGUGCCCGUUACAUACCAAUUGAUGUUAGAAAUAUGUACAUAUCAAUUUACUGCCAUACUAGCCGCAGCUCUUGUUUUAUUUGAAAAUUGCUUUCUGGCGCAAUCGAGGUUUAUGCUGUUGGAAAGCAUUCAGAUUCUGUUUGGAUUGUGGGGAUUAUUAUGUGUUAUAAAGAGUUCUCGUAAUACUAGUGUAGCAUCAGUUAUUUGGCUAUGUGUUGGAGCGUUUUCUCUAGGCUGCUGUUUCUCAGUAAAAUAUUCAGGGUUGUACACAUACUAUCUUGCGAUAUUUUUAGUUGGUCGACAAAUGUGGCAGCUUAUUGGGGAAAUCAAAUCAAUACUAAAAUUGUUCUUGUCAUGUUUGUGGAGAUUUUUAAUACUCAUUUGUAUCCCUCUGGCUGUAUAUAUUAGCGUUUUCUAUGCACAUCUAAAUAUGUUACCAAAAGCUGGACCACAUGAUAGUGUAAUGACGAGUGCCUUCCAGGCAUCAUUACAAGGAGGUCUUGCUAGUAUUACAAGAGGACAACCGUUACAUGUGUCACACGGCUCACAGAUCACAUUAAGGCACUCUCACGGUCGUACAUGCUGGCUUCAUUCUCACGCGCACGUUUAUCCUGUGCGCUACGCCGAUGGUCGAGGUUCGUCCCACCAGCAGCAGGUCACCUGCUACAGUUUCAAGGAUGUCAAUAACUGGUGGAUCGUGAAGCGUCCGGAGCAAUCUUCCCUGGCUGUGUCCCAGCCGCCAGACGUUAUACGACAUGGCGAUGUAGUCCAACUGCUGCACGGCAUCACAAGUAGGGCGCUGAACAGUCAUGAUGUUGCUGCGCCAGUUUCCCCCCAAUCACAGGAAGUUUCUUGCUACAUCGAUUACAAUGUAUCGAUGCAGGCUCAGAAUUUGUGGAGGGUGGAUAUAGUGAAUCGUGAGAGUGAGGAGUCCACGUGGGACAGCAUCCGUUCGUUGGUGCGUCUCGUGCACGUGGACUCGGGCUCCGCCCUGAGGUUCAGUGGCCGGCAGCUGCCCUCGUGGGGCUUCCACCAACACGAGGUCGUCGCCGACAAGGCCAUAUCCCACCAGGACGCUUUGUGGAAUGUUGAGGAACACCGCUUUACUAAAGCUGAAGACCGUCGUGAACGCGAGAGGGAACUGGUUACAGCGGAAAUGAUCCCCACUACGACGCCGCGGCUCUCGUUCUGGGAUAAGUUCUUGGAGCUCCAGUAUAAAAUGAUAACCCACGCUCCGGACGCGCCAGUCGGUCACAUGUUCGCUAGCGAGCCGGCUGAGUGGCCGCUGCUGGUGCGCUCUAUCGCAUACUGGCUGUCUCCUGAUUCUAAUGCGCAAGUGCAUUUGAUUGGAAAUCUAGUGACCUGGUAUGCUGGCACGAUCUCGGUACUAGUUUACAGUGUUCUUCUUGCUGUUUACGCAAUCAGACAACGUCGUGCCUACCAAGACCUGCCUCCAAGGGCAUCACAUAAAUUCUAUGACUCGGGAUAUAUAUUAUUUUUAGGCUAUUGGCUACACUAUCUACCUUACUUCUUUAUGGACAGAACAUUGUUCCUUCAUCACUACUUACCUGCUUACAUCUUUAAAAUCCUUCUCCUAGCAUAUGUAAUAGACCAUAUAUAUUAUAUCUUAGGUGCUCGUGAAAAUACUAAGUCCUUUUCUCACUUAUUUAUAUUAUGUGUAAUCAUUUGGCUCUCUUACGUAAUGAUCGCAUUUAAAAAAUUCAGUGUUCUAAGCUAUGGCAACACUGAUCUGACUGAAAAUGAUCUUUUGAAUCUCAGAUGGAAAGACACUUGGGAUUUUAUAAUACAUAAAAAGACUUGA